AUGGUCACCAGUGUUGCUUAUGUGCCGCUAGUAGUUGGGUGUCACCCGGGAGUUCGCAAAAUCGGAUUUGGGGAAGACCCGUCCCAAUUUACCGUCGCACAACUUCUCGUCCACGGCUGGCCCGUCCGGAGAUCAACCUCAGAAUGCAACAACCCACCCAACGGCGACUUUGAGACCUGGGCGGAAGAAGUCAAUCCACUCACCCCAGAGGAGCGUGAACAGCUUCCGCAGAACUCGGACACGAAGUCUUGCCAUACACCAUGGCGCGACCAAAUCUAUUAUAUGUGGAACCAUGUAUUUUAUGAUGUUGGCAAUUGGAUGUCUUGGACGUACGGCACCAGAACCUUCAAACCACCCAAUACAGAGGUCUUCGCCCUUGAAUUUCCGACAUCCCAUGAGAAUGGUGACGGUAGGAAGGAUCCCGCCGCGACGAAAGUCUGGGAGGCAGAGACUCUGCUUAUUCCGGCUUACAUGGCCCGGGGGGCUUCUUUGCGUGUUGAGACGCUUAAUCCUGGCCAAGAGGAUGGUGUAGCCUUUCAUCCUGCGGACUUUAACCAUAGGGACCGUUAUAGUGUCUGGUGA